AUGUUAACUUUGGAGCCGGCCCCAAUCAUCUCUUCAGACCUGGACAAAGGGAAAGGCUUAGUAUUCAGCUAUGAGCGGGUUCAAGAGGAUAAUUGGGUAAAGCAAGUAAUUUCUGGACAAGACAAACUCAUGCAAAGUGCUAUACAAAGUGGUCAUGCUAAUAUGAGACAUUCUCUGCAUAAAGAAGACCAGAUGGAAGAAAAUGUAAAGAAGAAAAGCGACAAGGAAUUCCCUCUAAUUUAUGAAAAGAAAAAAGGGCUCUUAGUGGGCAAGGCAGAGAAGAAAAAGCCACUAGUGAAGCAGGAGAAAGGGAAUUAG